UCAGCAAAAUGAAAUUCUUGUGGAUUCUCGCCCUUUUCUGUUUGAGCGUCUCUGCCAAUCAACCUUUCGACGACAACGAAGGACAAAUUCACGGUGAAAAUGGUUGGUAUGUGCCACGAAUUGAUGGCACCUUUGAUUGGGUGUCCAAGGAAGAGGCUGAGAACUACUUAGAAGCUAUGGAAAAUAUUGAAACUUAUGGUCUAACAACAGUCCCCGUUAAGUACUACGUCUACACCAGAGCUAAUCCCACCAAAGGCACACAAAUUGUUGCCACCCUCAAAUCGAUUAAUGCCUCCAAUUUUGAUGCCUCAAAACCCACAUACUUCGUUAUCCAUGGCUGGACUCAAAGUUAUACUUCCGGCAUGAACAAGGAAAUCCGUACCGCUGCCUUAAGAAGAUUCGACUGUAAUGUAAUUGUUGUGGAUUGGGCCCGUGCUCGUUCGGUUGACUAUGCCACCUCGGUAAUUGCUGUACCCAAGGUUGGCAAAAAGGUUGCCGAAAUGAUCGAUUUCUUGAACAAAAACUACAAUAUGCCUUUCGAGACUUUGACCGUGGCCGGUCAUAGUUUGGGUGCCCAUGUUGCCGGUUAUGCUGGCAAAAAUGUUCAGAAUGGCAAAAUCCACACAAUCAUUGGUAUGGACCCUGCCCUACCCCUGUUCAGCUAUGACAAGCCCAAGAAGCGUUUGUCUGCAACCGAUGGCGUCUAUGUGGAAUCUAUUCAAACCAAUGGUGGUACUUUGGGUUUCCUUAAACCGAUCGGAGCUGGUGCCUUCUAUCCAAAUGGCGGCAAGGAACAACCUGGUUGUGUAUUGGAUGUUACUGGAGCCUGUUCUCACGGUCGUUCAACCGAAUAUUAUGCUGAAGCAUUGGAAUUAGACGAUUUCGGUGCUAUUGAAUGCCCUGACUAUAAGCAAGCCGUGGCUGAUAGCUGUGGUGCCAAGUUCUCCUCGGUCCGUAUGGGAGCAGUUUAUGAUAUCUACGAUGUAGAUGGUAUUUUCUAUGUUCCUGUAUAUAAAACCGCCCCCUAUGGUGUAUUAAAUGAAUAA